UACAGAAAAAGAGAGAAAGACGGGGGAGUUUGAGAGAGGGAGAGAGAGAGGAUAGAGAGAGAGUGCGACUAAAGCCAGCGAGAGGGAGCUGGGGCACGUUGGAAUGGACUGGACAGAUGCUGGUACCCCUAUGGUCCAGGGCCAGGCGAGCAACAUGGAGGAGCAGCAUCAGGUCCAGCACAGCUUCUUCAAGAAGGUGGACGUCCCAGACCAUGUCCACUACAUCGUGGCCUUCUUCGUGUGUAUUAUUGGAACACUGGGGUUGACAGGGAAUGCUUUGGUCAUGUUCGCUUUCUGGAGUAAUAAGAAGCUGCGCAAUCUGCCCAACUACUUCAUCGUGAACCAGGCGGUGAGCGACUUCCUCAUGGCUUUCACACAGUCGCCAAUCUUCUUCAUUAACUGUCUCUAUAAAGAGUGGAUUUUUGGCGAAUACGGAUGUAAAAUGUAUGCCUUCUGUGGGGCUCUCUUUGGCAUCACCUCCAUGAUCAACCUGUUGGCUAUCUCAAUUGACCGCUACCUGGUCAUCACCCAGCCACUCAAGGCCCUCGGCCGGUCGUCAAGGCGUCGGACCACCCUGGCAAUACUAAUGGUGUGGCUCUACUCUUUUGCCUGGAGUUUUGCCCCACUUGUUGGCUGGAGCUCCUAUAUCCCAGAGGGCCUCAUGACUUCCUGCACUUGGGAUUAUGUGACAUACACAUACGCCAACCAGAGCUACACCAUGAUGCUGUGUUGUUUUACCUUCUUCAUCCCGCUGGGAGUCAUCUUCUACUGCUACCUCUUCAUGUUCCUGGCCAUCCGCACUGCCAGCAGGGAAGUAGAGAACCUGGGGACACAAGUGAGGAAAUCCACCCUGAUCCAGCAGAAGAGCAUCAAGAAUGAGUGGAAGCUGGCCAAAAUCGCCUUUGUGGUCAUUGUUGUGUAUGUGCUGUCCUGGUCGCCGUAUGCCACCGUCACCAUGAUCUCCUGGGCAGGACACGCCAACAUUCUGUCGCCGUACUCCAAAGCCGUACCGGCAGUUAUAGCAAAAGCCUCUACCAUCUACAACCCUUUUAUUUAUGCCAUUAUACACACUAAGUACAGGGCCACGUUGGCGGAGAAGGUACCUUGUUUGAGAUGUCUGUCACCGAGAAAGGACAAAAAGGACUUCAAUAGCGAGUCUUCCUUCCGAGAUUCCACCAUCAGCAGGCAGUCGUCUGUCUCAAGGACCCAUUUCUGCGCCGCAUCCGCCAUCUCCUCCAGUAUGGUGUUUGGAGAUGUGGAGCUGGAUUCUCCAGAGCGGAACGACUCCUCCUUCAGAAGCACCUCGUCCUUUAAGAUGCCCAAAGACAAACGUUGCAAGACCAAGAUUAUUUGUGCUGCACAGAAGCCCAGCCCUGCACUGAAAGAAUCUAUGAGCGUCAGCGAACACGAGGUAGUGUCUGGCUCCUUCUGCAUGGCAGCUGUCCCCUUGCUGGCAUUAUCGAAGAGGAGCCAGAGUCUCCAGCUAUCCAAUGGAGGAGAGACGAGAGAGAGCGACAGCGGCAGCGAGCGCAGGAGCACCUUGGACUCCCCUAGUUUACGAGCCCAGCUUUCUCACAUCUCCAGUAUCCCGCAAAUCAUCAUCAGCCCAACGUCGGAGAGCAGCCUAACGUCGGAUGACAACCUGUUCUUAGAGGAGAAGCAGGGAGCCAUGAUGAGUCACGAGGCGGGCGAACUGCUGGUGGGCCUUCGGAGCUUGAACUGUUCCUCAGGGCUACUGGAGUCAGUGGAAAGAUUCCUCUCCUGAGUUCACCUACAAACUCUCAACUCUUUGUCUGUGUACCAAAUGGCACCCUAAACCAUUUGGAACUUUCUUUCCUUCUUAUUCUACCCCCCAGUUGGACAACCGAUCCAUUCCACCCAGCUCCUUUUUUGAAACAGACUUUUAGAAGGAGACCAAGGCCUAGAUCUGAUGUUGCUUUAAUGAACAGAAGGAAGAAAGAAACCCAGGAAGGGAGCAGCUGAUUCUGGUGUGCUCUGGUCACAAAAAAGUGUUGCCGGGUAGAAGGGAAUAUUCGAAGCCAGCUGAUUCAUUCCCCAGCCACUGUGAUUAACAUCCCAUUUUCUGCUGUUUGUUUACAUGGCCCCCUUCAUUCAGAGGAACUAUGAUUGGAUGGUGGUUCCAUAAAGUAUAUUGACUUAGAAAGAAGGCCUUUAUAGUAGCAAAUAGAACUAACAUCCUCAUGCCAAUGGACCAAUGUUGGCAAUGAGUGUUAAUGAAAUAUGGACAUUAAAGCCACAAUCUGGAGUCUGUGUUUUAAAAUAAUAAUACGCAGAAUUUAUAACGCACAUUUCAUUGAAAAACAAUUUCAAAUUGAGUGCAUUAAAAUAAAUAAAAACAAGAGACAUAGACAAAAAAGGACACAGCUAGACACAAAGAACAAAGCUCACGCUACAAAGGGCCAGGACAACAAGGAACACAGCUAUAUCUAAAGAGGAGGGUUUUUAGACCAUUUUUAAAGGAGCAUUCCAGAGGGAGGGGUAGCUAAAUGUGACCACUCCCAAAUUCAUGGAGCUAUGGACUGACAAUCCAUGAGAUCGACAUUAUGGUUUUAAAUAUAUUUUGAAGCUAUACAUUGUUACAAACAAAUGCUCAAAUGGAACCAAAAAACCUGAACAAUGGAGUAAUUUUACUUUAGAUUUGGGUUAGGAUAGGUGAGGACAGCUGUAGUGAGCUCACAAAAAUAUAUUGAUUAAGAAAGCUCACAAAAGUUGUAUUCUUCAAUAAUCAACGGGCAUAGUUCAUUGAAAUGACUAUUGAACAGUAAGAAAUGUAUUACAGAUUGUGCCUUUAAUGGACAUUCCAGAAUUUUGACACUUGGAAAAGAACACACACAACAAAAUAAUUCUGGUCAAACUUCUUCCCUGUAUCUGUUUGGCUAUGGAAUCUUAUGUGCCCUUUGCAUUGAAUUUGACCACAGCUUGCUUUAUGACACGGGCAGUGAUGUAAUCAUCAAUCCUGACUCCUGUUUAUUUAAAUACAUUUUGUUAAAUUUUCACUUAUUGUACAGGUUGUUGUCACUAUAGUCCAUUUUGUUCAUGUGGUUAUGUUUCUUGACAAUAUCGUUGGAUCAUUUUUAUUUGUUUGCUUUGAGACUUGUCUGCCCCACUAAUGUUGCUAGUCAUCCCUUUUAAGUUUUUUUGUGAAAUGAAAAAAACAACAACAACAACAUUGUAUUCUGCCCUACCAAGCAAAAAGGCAGGAACUGCUCAUAGCGUGGAACUGAGAAAAAUGGCUUUUAUUUACCUUGGUUUCACAGUAACCUUAUGCAGUUACUGCUAACAUGACCCCCAUUUUCUCCAGAACACAAUACAACAGAGGCAGGAUACUUGUCCACAUGAUUAAGCAGGUAUUUAAUGUAGCAAAAAUGGCAUUAACUCAUUUUCGACCAAAUGAGCAGUUACUGCCUUUUUGCUUGGUAGAGCGCUAUGGGCCUUGGUGAAAAGUAAUGCACUACAUAGAGAAGAGGGUGACAUUUGGGACACAGAAGAGGGUGACAUUUGCUUGGUAGGGCAGUAUUGCUAUUACGUAUUAAUAAUAGCUCUAACCCAAUUGAUAUCUGAAAGAAUACAAAGAGGAAAAUGAUGAGCACUGAAUUUAGAAAUAUAGAAAAUGUAACAAAAAAUAUCAUGGUUCAGUGCUGUCCUGGAAAUCUGACAAAUCUGACAAAAUGUGCCGUCAUCACUGAUUAAUUGACUUGACUAGAUUCUGGACACCUAACCCUAACCGAAGCGUCAUCUUUUGAUAGCUCCCAAGUCAACAAUGCUUUGGUUAUGUUUAUGUGUUGAUGGGGAUUGAGUUGGUUAAGCCAACCCUCACUUGCCAAUGACCUGAAUCUCAACCUAUUUAAUCUUUCCAGAUAAGAGGCCUCAGACAGCCUGCUGUUCCCCACGCUUCAAUGCACCAUAAUGCCCUCCUCUCCGAACACACGCACGCACUCACAUCCACACACUCACAUGCACACACACACACACACACACUUUCAAGUGAACAUCUUUUUUACCUAAAUUGGAGAUAAACUCAAAUCACCAGUCAUUGCAGUCAAAAUUCAGUUUAUCCUGUGUUUUGUAUCAUAGUGUACAGUCGUGGUCAAAAGUUGAGAAUGACACAAGU